AUGCCGCCUAAUCAACUAAUUAAAAAUAAAUCAUCCAACGACCGCACAGCUAUACAGGGCGGCUCAAAAGUCUCAUUACCUACUAUCAAAAUCGUCAAAACGUCUACCUACAAUAAUUCAAACAAUAACGGAUCCGGUUGGACCGUACAAACCAAACAUCCGUCUCCCCACCCAAAAGGGAACAACACAAGUGGUUCUUUCUUUACGCCAAACCGUUACGAGGUUUUAAAGGAUGAUGUCGAAUCCAGCGAAUCCAUCGAAAUGACCACCGAAUCCGCUCCCCAACUACCUCCACCACCGCCAAUCUUUAUCACAUCAACAAUAGAUUACACUGAGUCCUUUAAGCAAAUAAAAUCUUUUUCUGGCGAUGAAGGGUUCGUAUGCAAAUCUACAUCUAAAAAUCUCAAACUAUCUUUAUAUUCGUCCAACUCUUUUCGUAAAACAAUCAAAUUGCUAAAUGACAGUUCCAUCGAAUAUCACACAUACGAGUAUCAAGCGAAAGAAGACAGGCCUUAUCGUGUUGUCUUAAAAAACCCCCACCACUCAAUACCCACAGAAUACAUCUCUCAAGAAUUAACUGAGCUCGGUUUCUCUGUAAGAAAUGUCUCAAACAUAGAAAAGCUACUGUUGAAGAAAAUCCAAGCACUUUUACUGUCCUAA